UUGUUGUCAGUGCGUGGUCACGGCGGCGGUCAGCAUCAACAUGAUCGGCUAUGGCUGCGGUUUCGGCUUCCCAGGGAUACUGCUGCCGCAGCUGGAGCUGCCAGGGUCCCUCAUCAACGUCUCCAAAAACCAAGAGUCUUGGCUAGCUUCAGUCAGCUCAAUUCCGAUGGUCUUCGGCAACUUCCUAGUGCCAGUGGUGAUGUCACGGGCUGGACGGAAGGUGGCUCUCUAUGCUGUGACCUUGAUCCUCAUGUUGGGCUGGUUCUUCGUUAUCAUAGCUACCAGCUACGAGAUGCUCCUACUAGGGAUGAUGAUCCAAGGCUUCUCGUUUGGCAUGUUCAUGCCGCUCCGCUCCGUGUACAUCGGCGAGUGCUCCAGCCCGCGCUACCGCGGCGGGUUCCUCACGUCUUCAGUCCUCGCCCAGAUCUUUGGCAUCCUGUUCGUCCAUUUCACCGGAUCUCUCAUCAGCUACCAGCUAACGGCCCUCUGCUCCAUAUCCUUCGCUUUGAUCAGUAUCAUCUUGACGGUAUACUCGCCAGAAUCUCCGAGCUGGCUCGCGACAAAAGGACUGUAUGAGAGGUGCAAAGAGAAUUUCAUAUUUCUAAGAGGGGAGGAUGAAAUGCCUGAGCUGGAGAAAAUGAUAGAAACCGUAAAUCUUUUGGAGACGCAAGAGAGUACACGAAGCACAUUUAGAGAAAUGAUUGCAGUAGUAAAGAAGAAGGAAUUCUUUAAGCCCGUUUUGCUAUUAUUUGCCUUGUAUAUCAUGCUUAGUUGUGGCGGAGCACCAGUCAUGGGAGCGUACUCGGUGACGAUUUUAGAAUUGCUGAUGCCUAAAGCCAACGCCAACUUCUGGAUGGUAGCUUUAGACUGCCAGAGGCUACUCUUUACUGGUGCAGCUAUUUUUGUGGUUAACAAAGUUAAAAGAAGACCAAUGCUUUUCUUCAUUGGAUCUCUCUGUGCCGGUAGCCAGCUCUUGAUGGGUGCUUACGUCUUCGCGAAGAACAAUGAUUACUUGCCUUUUGAUGCAUUGUGGAUACCCGGUGUACUUAUCAGCGUGCAAAUGUUGAGUAUAUCCAUGGGAAUGCAGCCGCUGCCUGCCGUGAUAGCUGGCGAGGUAUGUCCUUUGCAACAUAGGAGUCUUGCAGGGGGUAUAGGUUUGACAGCACUGAGUGUGUCUGCUUUUAUUGUGCUUAAGACUUUUCCUGGUCUGAUAUCCGUUGUGGGUCUAGAAGGAACGUUGGCUGUGUACGCUGGGGUUAUAGCGGCGUGCCUGGCGGUGGCGUGGGUGCUGCUGCCGGAGACGAGCGGCCGAACGCUGCAGCAGAUCGAGGAACACUUCAGAGGGACGACACUCUUGAACCCUGAAACUGAUGAGGAGAAACCAUUGACAUAUGCGGCGCAACCCGUUUACUUCUCUAUUCAAAAAUGAGUCUAAUCUGCACAGAUGAAAUAGAAACAGAGAACAGGAAAAUAAUGAAGGCUGUUCCAACUAAACUGGAAAAAGUAGCAGGCGAGAUAUGUCCAAGGCUCUCC